AUGACCCCCACUGGCCAAGAUUCUUCUACCAGGCAGCAAAAGAAGCACAACCCCCAGUCUCCUCUUCAGGACUCCAGCGCCACCUUGGGUGCUGUACCCGACUCCAGCCCCAAUCUAGCAUAGGUAAAGAAGAAAGGCAAAAUGAAGAAGCUCAGCCAACCAGCUGAAGAAGACCUAAUCAUGGGGCUUCGAGGGCUGGAUCUGAACCCUGAGACACGAGUACCAGUUGGUACUGGAUUGGUGUUUGAUGAGCAGCUAAAUGACUUCCACUGCCUUUGGGAUGACAGCUUCCCUGAAAACCCUGAGUGGCUCCAUGCCAUCAAAGAGCAGCUGAUCCUGGAGGGCCUCCUGGGCCGCUGUGUGACCUUUCAGGCCCGGUUUGCUGAAAAGGAGGAGCUGAUGUUGGUUCACAGCCUGGAAUGCAUUGAUCUGAUGGAGACAACCCAAUACAUGAAUGAAGGAGAACUUCGAGUAUUAACAGGCACCUAUGAUUCAGUUUAUCUGCAUCCGAACGUAUAUUCAUGUACCUGCCUGGCUACAGGCUCUGUCCUCAGGCUGGUAGAUGCAGUCAUGGGGGCUGAGAUUCGGAAUGGCAUGGCCGUUAUCAGGCCUCCUGGACACCAUGCUCAGUGCAGUCUUAUGGAUGGGUAUUGCAUGUUCAACCAUCUGGCUGUGGCUGCCCACUAUCUGCAAAAGAAGCAUCGAAUUCAGAGGAUUCUCAUCGUGGACUGGGGUGUGCACCAUGGUCAAGGAACACAGUUCACCUUUGACCAGGACCCCAGUGUCCUCUAUUUCUCCAUCCACCACUACGAGCAUGGUCGGUUCUGGCCCCAUCUUAAGGCUUCUAUCUGGUCCACUACAGGUUUUGGCCAAGGACAAGGAUGUACCUUGGACCAGGUGGGGAUGCGUGAUGUUGACUACAUUGCUGCUUUCCUGCAUAUCCUCCUGCCAGUUGCCUUUGAGUUCCAGCCUCAACUGGUCCUGGUGGCCGCUGGAUUUGAUGCCCUCCAUGGAGCCCCCAAGGGAGAGAUGUCUGCCACUCCAUCAGGAUUUGCACACCUAACCCAUUUGCUCAUGGGUUUGGCAGGAGGCAACUUGAUUCUGUCUUUAGAGGGUGGUUAUAACCUCCAUGCACUGGCUAAGGAGGUCAGUGCUUCACUCCACACCCUUCUUGGAGACCCUUGCCCCAUGUUGAAGUCCCCUGUUGCACCUUGUGCAAGCGCCCAGACUUCCAUCUCCUGCACUCUAGAAGCCCUUAAACCCUUCUGGGAGGUCCUUGAGAAAUCAGUUGAGCCCCAAGAGGAAAAUGAAGUGGAAGGAGACAUGCUAGAAGAGGAAGAGGAGGAACGCCGCUGGGAGGCUGCUGCUCUGCCAACGGAUCCAUGGCCACUGCUCCAGAACCGCACUGGGCUGGUCUAUGAUGAAAGGAUGAUGACUCACUGCAACCUAUGGGACAAUCAUCAGCGCAUCUUACACAUCAUGUUUCACCUGGAGGAGGUGGGUCUUGCAGCAUGCUGUCUCAUCCUACCUUCCCGGCCUGCCACAGAUGCUGAGCUCCUUACGUGCCACAGUGCUGAGUAUGUGGAGCAUCUCCGGGCCACAGAAAAGAUGAAAACCAGGGAUCUGCACAGUGAAGGUGCCAACUUUGACUCCAUUUACAUCUGCCCCAGCACCUUUGCCUGCGCACAGCUGGCCACAGGCACUGCCUGCUGCCUGGUGGAAGCUAUGCUUUCGGGAGAGGUUUUAAAUGGAAUAGUGUGCCCUCCAGGACACCAUGCAGAGCCAGAAGCUGCUUGUGGUUUCUGCUUUUUCAAUUCCGUAGCUGUGGCUACUCUCCAUGCCCAGGGCAUUGCUGGACGUGCCCUUCGGAUCCUGAUCGUGGAUUGGGACGUUCAUCAUGUUAAUGGAACUCAGCACAUAUUUGAGGAUGACCCCAAUGCAUUAUACAUGUCCCUGCACCGGUAUGACCAUGGCACUUUCUUACCCAUGGGGGAUGAAGGUGCCAGUAGCCAAGUAGGCCGGGCUGCAGGUACAGGCUUCACUGUCAAUGUGCCCUGAAAUGGGCUCCGCAUGGGUAAUGCUGAUUACCCGGCUUUGUGGCAUUGUCUGGUACUUCCCAUCGCCUAUGAGUUUAACCCAGAACUAGUGCUCAUUUCAGCUGGCUUUGAUGCUGCAAAAGGGGACCCACUGGGGGGCUGCCAAGUGACGCCUGAGGGUUAUGCCCACCUUACCCACCUGCUGAUGGGCCGCGGUGGCCAUGUUAUUCUUAUUCUAGAGGGCGGAUACAACUUGGCAUCCAUCUCGGAAUCUGUGGCUGCCUGCACCCAUUCCCUCCUUGGAGACCCACCAUCCCAGCUUACUUCGCUGCGACCUCCACAGCCAGGAGCCCUGGCUUCAAUUAGUGAGGCCAUCCAAGUCCAUCGCAAAUACUGGCGCAGUUUACAGUUGAUGAAGAUGGAAGACAAGGAAGAAUGCUCUAGUUCUAGGCAUGUCAUCAAGAAGCUGCCCCCAACUGCCAGUCCUGUGGUAACUAAGGAAAUGACCACACCAAAAGGAAAGGUUCCCAAAUUAAGCAUGCAGAAGAUCACAACCACAUUACCUGCGAAAGAGUCUACUCUAGGCCAAGUUAAAUCAGAGAUGGCCAUGGCAGUGCUUGCUCAGGGCCAGUCCUCAGAACAAGCUGCUAAGGAAACUACACUGAACCUAGCCACCUCAAAGGAGACUGUGGAAGGAGCCACCACUGACCAGUGGGCGUCAGCAGCUGCUACAGAGGACUUAGCUAAGCAAACCACCUCACAGGAGGUUGUGGGAAGAACUGCACCAACUCCUCCAGCCUCAUAUGCAAGUAAGUCAAGCAGGGAAGUUUCACCUCUGCAGGGAGCCACAGCCGCCCCGCAGUCCCUGGAGUUUGUGUUUCUCAGAACUUUGGAGCUAAGCAGUGAGGCUCAGGAGGCCUAUGAGUCCAAGGGCCUCCUAGGAGAAGCAGCUGGAGGUCAGGACAUGAACAGCUUGAUGCUGACACAAGCAUUUGGGGACUUUAAUGCCCAGGAAAUAGUUUAUGCUGUGACCCCACUACCCUGGUGUCCCCAUUUGAUGGCAGUAUGCCCCAUUCCUGCAGCAGGCCUAAAUGUGUCCCAACCUUGUAAGACAUGUGGAACAUGCCAGGAGAACUGGGUGUGUCUGACUUGCUAUCAGGUGUACUGCAGUCGCUAUGUCAAUGCCCAUUUGGUCUGCCACCAUGAAGCCUCUGAACAAUCAUUGGUCCUCAGCUGUAUUGACCUGUCUACCUGGUGUUAUCUUUGUCAGGCUUAUGUCCACCACCAGGAUCUCCAAGAUGUGAAGAACGCUGCCCACCAGAAGAAGUUUGGGGAGGACAUGUCCCACUCACACUAA